CCUGCAUGUUAAACAGCGCGGUUUGUUGGGGUGAGUGGUCAUAGUGAAGCUAUCCGCAUGACAACCAACUUGAAGGUUGAGCUCGUCACUCACGAUGGUGCAAGCUCAAGGGCGGAGAUCUAGCUUCUAAAAGAAGUGAUCCAUGUGCUUAAGGUUCGAGCUAGAAUAUUCUAACACGAGGCGGGGGAUGGGUAUAUCUACCUGGCGAUUGCUCCCAUCUCUUUCCCUCGCUCUCAUCCUCCACGGCCAAGAUGGGCGAUGAUAUCCUCUGUGAUCUGGCUCGGGUCGACGACUCGAGUUGGGAGCCGCUCUCAACUCUGCUUGCAACGUUCGACGAUAUACUCCACGAGUUCGACGAGUGCAAGGAGUCUGCCAUCGAUACGGCAUGCAGCGACAUUACGCUCAUUCAAGAAACCGUCAAGUCCCUCGUUCGAAUCUCGUCUUCACCGAUUCUAAUGUCUGUGCCUGGUUUGGGAGACAGAAAUGCCGCUGGUCGAAGGGACUUGACACCCCUAUCACGGGGGUGUUCACGUUCUCCUCGACCCUCCAUUGACUUGUCUCCUGAUCAUGUACUGAAGUGGUUUGCAACUACUUCAUUAUCACACUACAGGCCUAGUGUCUUCUAUAAUAAGGAAAACAUAGCCUUCUCCAUGGACCCUUACAGUAGAAUGACAAAUUCUACUCGUCCAUCAAUCAUAAACCAUUCUAUGCCUGACCAUCGAGCUAGGAUUUGUCAUUCUAUUGUGUCUGUCCGUAAGAAGGCUAGAUCUAAGGCCCACAAGCAUGUCUUGCAGCGCUCCAUCCAGGGCACCCGGAGUGUGACCCACCAAUGCCGGAUUUGAGGGGGUUUAGAAGGAAGUCGUUGUUAACGGACAUAUCCUCAAUGACUGUUGUCCACGGGCAACUCGUCGUAACAUCAUUGCUUAGGUUUCAAGUCUGUGAGGCUGCUUUUCGCAUUCGCGUUCGAUUGUUUCGUUGCUAUGUACUUCGUCUAUUAUGCGUCCCAGGUUAUUCUACACGUUCUAAGAUCAAGAGUUGCAUUCGAAUAACUAUUGUUCUAGUUCAAGGUGAAGCAUGGAAGAUGGUUUGCGACGUUGAAUCUACCGAAGGGGGAAAAAAAGCCGUCUUGUUGGCGGUUUCGACCUCUAUAGUAGGGUACGUAGG